AUGCUGAUACUGUCAUGGUUGUUGCCAUGCCUCCUCACGGUAUCUGUCAGCACAGAAAUGGAGCUUAGGAAGGCCUUAAGCAACGGAAGAGACGUCACACUAAACGAUGACAUAACUCUCAAACUGCCGUGGAUGCCUGUUCCUGCAUAUGGAAAAGUGUUCGAUGGCAAGGGUCACACUAUCCGAAACAUCUCAGUGAGCUCGACUGUCCCAGCCAGCCAGGGAUCAGGGCUUUUUUCUGAAUUGACUGGAGGAAGUAUUUCCAAUCUAAAUUUGCAAUUCAAUACAACAAUUGAUAGUGGAUUGAUACUUUUUGGUGGCGUGUCAGCAAAGGCUUCGGACAAGGCCAGGGUUACAAACGUCAAUGUCAGUGGAACGGUCUCGAUUAAAUCACACGCCGAUGGAAACGUGACUGUUGGUUGUAUCUUCGGAACAGCCGGAGACACUGGAACUCGAGAGCCUUCUGACGCAGUCCGAUCAGACUGCAUCGUCACUGUUAAUGCUUCUAACGCGAAUCUCAGGCUCGGCGGAUUCAUCGGAAUUCUGGAGAACACUGCAGUGGCCAUGCACUACACCGGGAAGCCGCGCGUAGGCUGUCAUGCAAAGCGGUGCUACGUCGGAGGCUUCGCAUCGAUGGCAACAGGGCCUAUUCAAGAUGUCCACUUUACAGAUUCGGUUGUCAACGCCACUGCCCUUCGACACUCGAUUGUGGGAGGUAUUGUAGGCCAUGGCAAUAACAUUCAGCUCUGCAGCUCAUACAACUCGACCAUCAGUGUCACCUCUACUGGCCGUGUCCUUGCUGGUGUGUCUGUCGGAGGGGCAGUCGGCGAAACUAAUGCCGAAAACUAUGUGAUCAACACGACAUUUGUUAAGGCAUCAAUGAUUGUUCUGGAGACACGCUCCUCAUCCUAUCUCGGGGGUGUUCUGGGAUAUGGCAAGCAUAGGGGUGGAACCAUGACGAAUAGCUACGCUGUUGUUCAAUCGCUGCGAGGGUAUAAUAAUGGUGGCCAUAUGUACGGUGGAGGAUUUCUGGGCUACGGUAAUGCGUCUUCUCUUACCCUUUCUACGUGUUACAUGUUCGUUCCAGAGUUUCAAUUCUUCGAGAAGCCCGGGGCCGGUGGGCAGUCAUAUUACGGGGGAUUCUUUGGACUUAUCAACGGGUCAUCGUCAGACACACCAUCAGUUCACAGCAUUCAGGCUGGGAUGGGCAAGUUUGAGGUACGGAUGGUUGCGCAGGGGACCAACGCUGGAAACUUCGGAGGCGCGAUAGAAGCAGCUCGUGAAACGCUUAUUGAGCGCAUAGUGCUUAUGGGAGCCGCAGGUAUCUGGUCUGGCGAAGCUCCGGAAAAUGCAGCGAUCUUCAUCGGCAAGGUUGGUCCAGGGAUAAACCUUAAAACAAUCUUGGUCAAUAUUUCCAUCGGUAACGGAAACAAUCUACCCAAUACCGCAAACUUUGUCAACACAUUCACUGGUACAGCGACAGACAUUGUCUACAAUUCUGGCAUUGUAAAGACGUCGCAAUUUAUGCCUGCCUCAGGGACAUAUCAGAACUUUAAUAUACGUGUCAAUACAACCACUCAAGUCUCCUGCGAAAACUACCUCCAAAAACACGGACUCGACAGCAGCAAAGUUAAUUGUGCGGAUGACUUAUAUCUAAAUAAAACCACUUCAAGCGCUCAGAUCAAUACCGAUUGGAAGUUUGAAACUGUCGACAACUGGGAACAUGAUCCAAAGGGAUGGUACUUGCCCAAGGGAAUGCCGGUCGCCAACUCAGCAAUUAACAACCCGGCCCUCUUUAUGACUAUAUACCUUGAUGCUAAGGGGAAAACAGGCCUUUCAUGGCAGAACAGUGGAUGGGAUAAUGAAACUAUAUGGCGCUUUGGAAACACUAAUGAAGCCGAUACUACGAAGGCAAUCCCACCCUCUUUUCCUGCCCUUUGGAAGAAUCCCGAAUCGUUCCUAGCGUGCACCCCUCAAAGCUGUGGGCGUGAAAGCUUCUUUAGCCCAUUCAUGUGCAAUUGUCUGCACGGCUGUCCUGACCUAAAGAACGGACAGUGCAGUUCAUACAAUGGCGCGACGUGUGACGAGGGCUGGAAAAAUGUUGGGACUUCUUUAUGUUCUGGUUUCAGUUGCGCAGGUAAGGAUCAGCUGUGCGGAGGUAGUCAGGUAGCUGAGUGUGAUGCUGGCAGCAGCCUGUGCAAGUGCAAGGAGCAUGAAAAAUACUACAACAUCUCCACAAAGACCUGCGAAAUGGGAUGCCAAGGCAUUGGCCACGGGUUUUGCACAGGCCCUGGUGUGGCAAUGUGUGACAAAGGGUGGAAAGAUGGUGAAGCCGGUCUUUGCACCGUGUACAGUUGUUCUUCAGAUGAUCCCACAACGGCAUGUGGGGGCUCCUCAGUUGCUAAAUGUAUUACUGCAUACGAUGUUUGUAAUUGCACAGUUCAGACCUCAGCCUAUAAUCCUGAGAAUAAGCAAUGUGAGCCUAAUAAGUGUACUAUAGCUAGCGGGGAUCACAUUUGCAUCGGAGAAAACAAGGCCAUUUGCAUGUCCAAUACUUGGCCAACCAGUGGAACGUCUGGCGAAACACUCUGCGCACACUAUGACUGUAUGAGGCACCAGCAGUGUGCCGCUGGAAGUGUUUGUGAUAUUGAUACGUUUGCUUGUAGAUGCGCUAAUCCAACACAUUACUUCGACACCGCCGACAAUACUUGUAAAGAUGGCUGUACUGGCCUCAAUGCGCAUACCGGAGUAUGCAUAGGAUCUAACAAGGCUCUCUGUUAUAAGGGUUACACAUCACCAAGUAGUGGAGGACCCCUCUGCUCACAAUAUUCAUGCGCUGAUGCAGAUCCCACCUGUGGAGGCCAUGGAACGUGUAAUAGUGGGACAUGCACUUGCAACGAGGGAACACUGAAGUUGAACAACACAUGCUACGCAAAUAUCUGCAUCCGAGGAACAGUCUCAAAUCAGAAUGCAUGCACUUGCACCAGUGGUUGGCAGGAUGAUACUGAUCUCGCUCCGCUGAAAUGUACCAAGCCGUCUACCUGCCCUGACUCUAUAAAUAUUAACUCAGACGCCGACCUUAUUUACUUAUAUUCGUGUGGAAGCGCUACGUACAAUCUUCUUGGGAACGUUACCGUCAGUUAUCCAUGGCUACCGGUUCCUUCGUUCACAGGAGUGUUCAAUGGCAAUGGCUACGCACUUAAGGGAGUCAGGCUUUAUGAGAACGAUACCGUUGCAGCCCUAUAUAAAACCAUCGACGAGAAUGCCAAUAUCACUAAUCUCAUUGUAGAAUUCGCGACCAACAUUUCUUCUAGUACUAUCAAGAAGAUUGCUGGCAUAACCCCGGAUCUCAAUGGUAAGGUCUUGGCGAAUGUCACAGCAGCGGGGUCUAUAUCUGUUAAAGUAGGUGCUAUUGAGGUUGAUGUCGGAGGCUUAGCAGACACGUGCAUGGGUCUUGGAAACGUGACGUUUUCGGGAUAUCUUGCCGUAGAUAGCCAUGCUGCCGUCCGUGUGGGUGCUUUGUGUGCUUCUGCGUCGUCUCCCCUUUCUGAUCUAGCAACGAGUGGGUCCAUAAGCUGCACAUCUCGUGGGCGCUGCUUGGUCGGUGGGCUUGUUAGCAAUACCACCCACAAUAUUAGCUCAUCAUCAUCCAAUAUAAGCAUAACUGUUUCCUCCAUCAACGGACUGGUUGGCGGAGUAGUGAGCAACACAACCGGAAACCUGACUAACCUCACAUUCACGGGGAUAGUGUCAUCUCCAUUAGACAGCACUGCUACUGUUGGAGGUAUUGUCGGGGUAGCAAAACCACAGUCCUCUCAGUCGCUUACUAUCAAAGGGUGCAGUGUAGUAUCUAAAGCUGUAUCAGCCUCAUCGGCUGGAGGUCUAGUGGGGGCCAUUGAGGACGGAGUAAUAGAGGAGUCUUCUGUGACGCUAACGGCUCUUGAGGGGAGCAUCUGUGCAGGUGGUCUUGUAUGCAAUGCUACUCAUACCACCAUCGCCAAGUCAAAUAGUAAUAUAAACGCACUCAGGUUUACUGCUAGCUAUACUGAAGAAUCAGCAAAACAAUAUUGUGGUGGUUUCGUAGCGAGCGCGACUGAGACAACUAUUGAAGACAGCUACUCCAUUGUCACUGCAAGCACCGUCAAGACCAGCAGCGAGGCUUUUGUCGGAGGUUUUGCAGGAAGCACGGAUGGGCUUACUGUCAAACGCUCAUACGCAUCAGGUGAUUCAGUUAAUCUAGCACCCGACAAUAUUCUGCACUUUGGUGGCUUUGUAGGGUCAUGCAUCUGCAAUAUAGACUCUUCCUUUAGUAAGAUUACUCUGAUGGCUCUCAACAAGAGAAAAAUCAACAAUGCACACUUCGGUGGAUUUGUGGGUAUUAUUAAGAGAAAUUCAGCAAGUGACGGGCGGACAGCCUCAGCUUCUCCCCAAAUAAGCAACUCAUGGGUCUCGUCUAGCAUGUCUGUUCUUCUUUCAAGUCCUGAAGCAAGCAGGGUCUUCUACGGAGGAUUCUCGGGAGAAGCAGAUGCCUCUACGAUAACUGAUUCAUAUACUAGAUCCAACCUUUCUGUGAACAAUGACAUAAAUCUCUAUCACACAGGGUUCGGGGCAUUCAAUGGACGCUUCAAUGAACUAGAAACGAAUAUAACGCGCUGCUAUGCAGAUGUAGGAAUAGACGGUGCAACAGAUCUGAACUUUGAGGGGAACAGUGCUUAUGGAAAGAAGUGUGCUAAGUGCACUAAAGUAUUGAUCAAUAGUGACCAGCCUGGAAUUAGUGAUGAAAAUGCUUGUGGAAGGACCGCUGCGGAAUUACAGAAAAGCGAGACGAUUAUGAAGGAAUUCGGGUCUACUGAUGCAUUUGCAUUCGAGUCUGGACGUAUGCCUAUGAUUGUCACCACUCCCAACCUUGAUUCUGUAACGCAUACUUACGUCUAUCCUAGCUGCAAUCCGUCCACACAGGGUAACUGCUGGGAUUACAAGAACACCUGGAUAGUUUCUCCGGACGGAAUAGGGUCUGUAGCUACGGCACCUGACUGCAAGGUGAGUAGUUGCACUUACUGCGACGCUAGAGACUCAGGCAUCUGUAGGAUAUGCGCCUCACGAACAUUCCUUGACAGCCGUAAGACCUGCAGCGCAUGCAGCAGUAGUUGUGCCGAAUGCGCGACAAAGGAAUCAUUCUGCACUGCUUGCAAGAGAAGUGGAGCAAUGCCGAAUGUGGACGGAGUGUGCAUUAUGCCCAGGCUCUCAAGCGCCGCCAUCGCCGGUAUCUCCAUCGUUGUUAUUUUGGUGAUCAGCGGAGUUGUUGGCUUCCUUUGUUGGUGGUUCAUAUGCAGAUCCAAGAGCAGGCCUACUGAAAAUCCUGUUCAUACUCUCGAGCCCUCUGUGAGCACGGUAAGUAUCAACGAAUCCAUACUCUGA